UGCUGCCUUGUCACUCGUCACCAAGUAUGGACCGUGAAGCUAUAAAAAUUGCAAAUUGGAACGCUUGCUCACUGACGAACAAGCAUAGAGAGCUUCUCGAUUUCCUCAACACCAAGGAGGUCGACAUUGCUAUUAUCACCGAGACGCACUUGAAGCCCGAACUGAACGUAUUCCUUCCCGACUUCCGGCUCGUUAGACUUGAUCGCACCUGCUCUGGAGGUGGAGGAGUGGCCAUCGCUGCAAGACGGAACAUCAGUUGCCGGCUGCUACCAAACUUCCAGCUGAAAACAAUUGAAGCCAUCGGAGUGGAGGUGAGCACAUCACUUGGCCCAAUCACCAUCAUCGCGGCCUACUGCCCAAAGCAAACCCACAUCAGGGACGGGUCGUCAGUGGCCUUCCGCAAAGACAUCAUCAAACUCACCCGGAGGAGCGGGAACUUUCACCGCUUCCGCUCAACAAUCAACGGGCCCUUAGCACCCCCGCUGGGUAUUCUCCAACUGAGCAAGUGGCUGUGUCAGAUUGAAAAUUGGAACGCUUGUUCGCUGCUUGACUUCAUUAAUGCCAAGGAAAUCGACAUUGCCGUCAUCACCGAAACCCAUCUGAAACCGGAAGUCAACAUCUACCUAUCGGACUUUCGGCUCUCAAAAGCCGACAGCACCAGUGCAAGAGUAGAGGGAGUAGCCGUUGCAGUGGCGGGGAAAAUACAUCAUCGCUGGCGACCUGAAUGUCAAACAUCAAGCUUGGGGCAACUGUCGGCGCAAUCAAAACGGCACCAUCCUGAACAACGAUCUGCAGGAAGCACAGUAGAACAUCUUCAGUCCGGACACUCCCACCCGGUUGAGUAG